CCGAACAAACCCGCACGCGCGCGGGUGGGAAACCCCACCAGCUAUUUAUGCGCUCGCGCGCUCCACCAGCGGCACGGCGCACAAGCACAGCACGAGCACGAGCUGCUCUGGUCUCGCGCGGCACAAGCUCGCGGUUCGCGCCCGGCAUACGCAGAUCCUUUGGUAUGGACCACGGCGGCGAGAGGAGGAGCAGCGCGCACGGGGCGGCGGCCAGGCCCUGGCGCGCCGGCGCGCCGGCGGGUGGCGCUCAGCCGCCGCCAAAGGUCUACCGCGUGGAGCCCAGGGACUUCCGGGAGCUGGUGCAGAGGCUCACGGGCGCCGGUAGCACGGCCGCCGCGCCGGGGCCAGCCGCGCAGCAGAGCGUGGUGACGCCCGCGAUGGUUGCGGAGAGCAGGCGCCUGGAGGCGGCGGCGGCUGCCGCGGCGGCACCGGAGCAGCAGUUCGAUUGUCGUGGUACUCGGCGCCGCUGCUCAGCCCUGCGUACGGCGCGGCCGGCUUCGGCGGACACCAGCUGUAGACUGUAGUGUAGAAACAGAGUCUCGGAUAUAUUUGUAAAGACAAGUUCGAUCACUUGUUCGUGUUCCGGUCUCAUUUCCCUUGGCUUUUGGGUUGUGGCGACCCUGCGACAGCCUUCUUGUAACGCGAACGAAUUCGAUCAAGGAAUUAAACAACUAGCUUUUUUUAUGAUUGAAACAAAAAUAAAUCAAGCUUGGUACUA